UUCACUCCUUCUCACCAAUUUUUUCAAGAUUUUAUGACAAAAAACUUUUGAUAUGCAUUAAUUGAAAUAUCCUUAUUUGAUUUUUUUUUUUUAAAAAAAAAAGCUUUGGUGGCCCCUCUUCGUCUUCCUUCAUCUUUUGAACCUUCGACGGAACUGGUGCCCUUGCCACCACGGGUGCAUGUGACGCCAUCGGAGCAUAAAUCCUAGGAGGCGGCACAGACUUACUUGACGCCGCAUAGGCAAUGCUUGAUGGAGGAAGCGGCGCGUGCUCUUGACUAUGCGGUGGCAGUUGCUCGUCGUUGCAGCCACGCACAGACCACCUCGCUUCACGCUGUCUCUGCCUUGCUCGCCUUGCCGUCAUCCAAGCUUCGGGAAGCUUGCACGCGCACGAGAGCUCCUCCUACUUGCGGCGUCUGCAUUUACGAGCUCUAGAACUUUCCGUCGGAGUCUCCCUGGACCGAUUUCCUUCUUCCAAGGCGCUCAAGGGAGAUCGUCCUGUGUAGAAUUCUCUCGUGGCCGCCAUCAAACGAUCCCAAGCUACCCAGAGGAGGCAUUCGGAGGUCUUCAAACAGUUACGCUCAGAAAGCAACUUUACUGGAUAGCAUUAUGUUGGGGGAAAAGGAGGACAAUGUUGAUGAAAUCGUUAACUGAUACAGUCACAAACAAUAGAAGAAUAGAAAUUAAGGUGAAAAAUAAAGCAUUGCAGUUAAAAACCUGGUCUGAUCUUCCUGCAUAGCUCUUGGAAUUGAUUUUGUCCCAUUUGACCUUAGUAGAAAAUGUUCGCGCUUCUGUCGUUUACAAGAGAUGGCAUUCUGCUGCCUCUGCAGUAUUGUAAACCAAUCACCAUGGCUUAUGUACUUUCCAAAAUUGAGCAACUGAUAUGAAUUCUAUGACCCGGUGCACCGCAAGACCUAUUCCCUGGAGUUUACAGAGUUAAGUGGCGCCAGACUGUGUUAUGCUAAAGAUGGUUGGUUACUGCUAUACCGUCCCAGAUCUCACCGGCUGUUCUUCUUUAAUCCCCUUACUCGGGAGGUGAUUGAACUUGCCAAAAUUUGAGUUGACAUACCAGAUAGUAGCCUUCUCUUGUGCGCCUACAUCUCCCGGCUGUGUUCUGUUUACUGUCAAACAUGUCACUCCCCUUAUUGUGGCUAUUAGCACACGUCAUCCUUCGGCCUCAGAACGGACAACUGUUAACUACCAAAACCGCUUGCCCUUUGCCAGUAGCAUAUGGAAUAAGGUAGUAUUUUGUGAUGGGCUGUUUCACUGUCUGAGCUUCACAGGAGGGCUAGGGGUGUUUGACUCAGUUGAAUGUUCUAGCGGUGCCCCCACCCAAAUGCCCAGAGAAUUUUUUUUGCCAACAAUUGGGGGAAGGGAAAAUUCACGACGGAGCAUGAAGGAGAUAUGUUAGUAAUUUAUACGUGUUCCAGUGAAUAACCCAUUAUUUUCAAAUGUGGAUCAAAUAGAGAUGGAAGGGGAAAAGAUGGUUAUACUUGAGGGAGCAGUUGUUUGUGCUAGUUUCUUGUCAUCUCAUUUAGGGCUUGUUUAGUUGAAAGAAAGGGAAAAAAAAUUUUUAACACCUUAUCCCAUUGUCCCAUCUAAACAAGAGAAGGGGAGGGGGUUUGGUAAGGUGGAGAGGAAAGAAAAUUUUUUAAAUUAUUCAAAAAUAUAUACGAAUUUUAUUCACGUCCAUUUUUAUUAUUAUGCAUCUUAUUUUUGAAUUAAAUUAUUCAAAUAAAUUUCAUUUUGUUCAACUCAUUUUUACAGAAAAAAAUAUUUAAAUAUAAUUCACGUUAAAAUUAUAAAUUUUUAUCCUAGACUCAAUUUGUUAACCUAAAUUGAUCCUAACCUUACUUACAGAUUGCCCCCCAAACCCAAUGGUAGAAGCUGUGCACCAAGAGAUUCCAUGCUCCGAAGGGGGUUAGUUUAACACUGCGAACAACAUUUCCAUUAUUGGCCAAUGACUAAGCAAUUGAUACUUUGAAUUCAUCCCAAGAACCUCGAACCUUAUUGUAGAUUGGGUCAUCUGUGCAGCAAGGGUGAUGUGCUCUUCAGAUUGGGCUUCUCAGCCCCCACCCCGCCUAGCUCUAUCUUCGGUUUGGGAUUUUGCUGAUUAUAGGAGUUUUUGCUGUGAACUUGGUUAAGUUUGGACACUAGUUUGUUUGUUUGUUUGUUUUUUUUUGUUUAUCUUGCUUUUGUUAUUUUCGUUUGGUUUCUGUUCUGACAAGUCUCUCAGUUAUUGCUUGUUUGGAAUGAAAGUACUAUUUUCUUUGGCCCAAAAAAAGGCAUGGAUUCAAUCAGUCCAACAGGAGUCGCACGCGUUACUAGAUGGAUUCUUAACUCUGCCUUCUAAGCCUAACGGCCACAUACUC